AUGACGCUCUUCUUUUCCACACCAAACAAUCCCCCGCCGCUGAUAAUCCUCGCAGACUUCUACUUGUCAUUUGCAAAACGAGAAUCGUCGAUAAUGCCUGACUCGGCGUCGCCUGAAUCCGCUGAUGCUGGCGGCACCGCCUCAGGUCGGGUCCUUGCUUGCAUCCAGUGCCAACAGCGCAAGGUCAAAUGCGAUCGCAAGUUUCCUUGCGCCAGAUGCGUCAAAGGUGACAUUUCGUGUGUUCCAGGUACAGCAGUGGGAAAGCAGCGCAAGAAGAGAUUUGCAGAGCGAGACCUCCUGGAGCGGCUGAGGAGAUAUGAGCGCCUCAUGGCGGAGCAUAAUAUUGCCUUUGAGCCAAUGCACAGUGGCGGCUCCGAGCAGCGUCAACUCCCUCCAGUGCGCCAAUCAGAAUCACUGGCCAAGGAAUCUCCUUCAGAAUCACAGGCAGAGUCUCCCUUUGCUACGCGCGACCUUUGGACAGCCAUCAACACAGUAGCGCGCCCAGAAUACUCUGACGACGAUGCUGAAGACUAUGAUUCCGAAGAUAAUGGCCUCAGCUUCCCCGCAGAAGACGUGCGCGACUCCAUCUUUUACCAAAUUUGGGACUUUACCACAUCGCAGGAUCUGCUCUUUGGCUUAGGCAACUCUUCCAGCGUAGAACUGGCCACAUUGCAUCCGAAUCAACUACAGCGAUUCCAACUAUGGCAACUGUAUCUCGAUAAUGCCAACCCGCUACUCAAGGUGUCCCAUGCGCCGACGCUGCAGACUAGGCUAAUCCAGUCGACAGCCAGCCUUGCCACCAUAAAGCCAGAAUUAGAAGCGCUGUUGUUUAGCAUAUACUGCAUUGCGCUAACAACGAUUGACGAGGAUACAUGUAUGGCAUCCUUUUCUACCCCAAAGGCCGACAUGCUCCGCAUAUACCGAUUUGCAUGCCAGCAAGCACUGUUCAACUGUAACUACAUGCGCACCAGCGAUAUGGACUGCUUAACGGCACUCUUUCUAUACCUUCUAUCUGUCAGAGAACAUGCCGACCCUCGAGCCAUGGCAUCCCACUUGGGCGCCACCAUCCGCAUCGCGCAACGCAUGCGCCUCGACAACGAAAGCCACCUGUCUAAACUUACGCCCUUUGCAGCCGAGAUGCGCCGCCGUCUCUGGUGGGCAAUCGUAAUAUUUGACCAGCGCAUAGCAGAGAUGACUGGAGGCAAAAACAGCAUCCUUGCCCCCAUCUGGGAUUGCCUACCAGUGCACAACCUCAACGAUGUCGACUUACACCAAGAGGCGAAAACACUACCCGCAUCAGCAGCAGACAGUAAUACAACGACUGAGGCGCUCUUCUGUGUAUUGAAGAGCAAAAUUGCUAAUUUCACCCGAUUCACAAUAUCAUACAUCAACUUUGCCACGCCUGUAUGGAAGGAAAUAGCAAAAGCAACCUCGCACGGCUUAGUUGAGACCAUGGACGGCGUGGUCGCAUUCGGAGACAUGAUUGAAGAAAAGUAUCUCUCAAAAUGCAAUCCAGAUAUCCCGCUACAAUUCUACACUCUCUGGCAUACCCGCGCCAGCCUCGGCCGACUCCGCAUCAUGAGCUAUUUCAAUCUGCUGUGGCACAGCACACCCGAAGACAUGCCGCUGCAUCAUCGAGACCUCGCCUUUCGCAGCGCCGUACUCGCUCUGCAAGCCGACACUAAGCUUCUCACCGCGCCGUCUGUAAAACAUUUCUCGUGGCUAUCCGAUUUCCACUUUCUCUUCCUCGCGUACGUGCUUAUAGUGCAGGAGCUGCGGCGCCGGCCGACACAUGCCUUUACAGAGGAAGCAUGGGAAGUGUUCCUUGCGGAUGUCGAGGCUCGAUGGCUCGCCAAGGGCAGUGGCACGGUAAUCUUCCUCAGGAUCUUCUCCAAAGCUCUAUCGAAGGCAUGGGAUGCAAGAGAGGCUGUUGCUCGCAAGCGGGGCAUCACGCUGACGCGGCCCGACAUCAUCAUUGAGACUAUAAAUUACUAUCAAAGCUCAUCAGGCGCUCGUAGCAGCGCCUCUAAUACGCCGGCGCCAGAUGGUGGCGACAUGGACAUGGACCAGAUGUUUGGGCCCGGCGGCAUGUUUGACAUGAGCGGCGCGGAUAAGAUACCACCGUCGACACUAUUUACAGAUACACUUGGUGCUGGCAUGUACGAUGAUACAGUAUUGAACCAGAUGGCUGCCGAGGGCCUUUUUGAUACCCAAACUUGGUAGAGGACAUUGACUACAUACAUUUGUUACAUAGAUACGUAGGCUUUAGCAAAGCCAGCUUAGAAAUGCCACUCCCCAUCCAUCCAUUUCUCGAGAAUAUCCAACGUGCCGGGUCGCAGAUCACCGGGUACCAAAUGUCCCGCCUUAUCCAGAGCCAUAAAGACCAAUCUACCAUCGCGUGUUGCCUUCCACUCACCAGUGGUUUCUGGCACACCCUCGAGUGGGCGGAACUUGGCAGCUCUGUACUCGGCCUGCUUGCUCCAUCGCAAAUUGUCGUAGACUCGCUUGUUGCCCGCCGUGUUGACGAUCCAGUCAUCAUUUCCGUUGAAGAUGAGCAGCUUGAUAUCGGCGAGGCCAUUGCGCAGGGCAGGCUGGGGCACCAUUGGCUCCGUGUGGAUAGCGUCGAGAAUGGACGCUACCAUUCUUGUGGUUGGUCGCAUCAUCUCGAAUCUCUCGGCAUAUCGAGUGUUUAGGUCAAAGUUAGUGUCUUUAUAUUCAAAUGCCGGCGAGUAUCCCAAGGCUUCUUUCACUUCCGGCUUGUUGAAGUAAAUGCUGAUGAAGCCGGUAUCUGGUCUGCCACACUGUUCUGGGUUCUUGCAC